UGAUUGAAACUGUAGCAUGUAAUCAUAAUUCUAUCUAAUCAGAUUGCAAGCUACUAACAGAUGGUGAUGGGAAAAUAAGUAUGCAAUUAUUCUCUUUAGGUUAAGGGUAUUUUAGUAAUUUCAUUCGGAAACUAAUGGUAAAUAAGUUGUUUUGAAAUUGUUGUGCCACACAGUAAUUUCUUUUCUAAAGACUUAUCCUAUCUUUGAUCCUUUUGUGAUACCAUUAGUAUGUUUUCUUUUAAUCGUAUUUAGGCUAUGCGCAAGGAAUACUCUCAGGCAAGGUUCUUAUCAAUUGCUCAAGCUCAGUUUUUGCGUGCUCCUGAUGAGAUUAAAAUGUCUACCUCGCGAUUGCGCCUUAAGAAUACAGAGGAUGAGCCUAGCGCCAUUAAUGUCCUUACUAGAGAAGAUUUAAUUCCAACAAGCAUGCAGUUAUCGAGUGACAAAUUUUCAUCCUUAUCCUCGAUGGCGUGUAUAAAGGGUCAGCUUCGCUACUUAAAGGGAUUGGUGCUUUCCAAUCAGAAAACACAGAAUCAGUGCAUUAAUUCCUUCUCCAAGGCUUAGGAUAAUGCUAAUUUCCAGACUUCUUCAGUUUCUGUGGAAGAAACUGCAAAUAAGAUUGAUGAUGAACCUUGCCCUAUUUGUCAAGAGAGAUACUAUGAGCAGAAAAUGAUGUUUCAAUGUGG